CCGUGGGCAGCCGGAGAAUCGCAGAGGGUCCAGAUGGUGUGAUGGUGGUUAAUCGCACCACUAAUCAGUGCACGAAGUCGUUCAAAUAAUUCGUCACUCUCCGUAACCGAAGGGCUCGUCCACUAGUCGGAGACAGUCAUCGGGCCAGUGAGGAGGAAUAGGGCGUAACCUACGUGUGACGUGCGUCGAGGUAAGCGAAUCAACUUUCCCAACCCUGACCUGACCCAAACAACGGCGAGCCAUGUCUCAGGCCGACACCGUGUUCCAGUCCCGCUCGGACGGUAUCUCCGCCGAGGGCGUCCGCGACCAGUACGCCGACGGAAAGGCGGCCAAGGUGUGGGAAAUCUUCAUCGGCGACAAGAAGUCGCGCACCGAGAACUAUCGGAACUUUCUGGUGGAGAAGCUGCGCGAGCAUGGCGUCCGGCGCAUCCUGGACGUAGCUUGCGGUACGGGCGUCGAUUCGAUCAUGCUACUCGAGGAGGGCUUCGAGGUGGUGUCGAUCGAUGCGUCGGACAAGAUGCUCAAGUACGCGCUCAAGGAGCGAUGGGAACGGCGCAAGGAGUCCAGCUUCGACAACUGGGUGAUCGAGGAAGCCAACUGGCUGACGCUGUACGACGACAUCAAGCACUUGCUGCACGGAGGCUUCGAUGCGGUCAUCUGUCUCGGAAACUCGUUCGCCCACUUGCUGGACAAUUUCGGCGACCAGCGCGAGCAGAUCCAGGCAAUUCGGAACUUUGAGAAGUGCGUCAAGCCCGGCGGUCUGCUGCUGAUCGACCAUCGGAACUACGACAACAUCAUGACCACCGGCGCUACACCGGCGAAGUGUAUCUACUACAAUAGCAGCCACACGGCGGACAUUAAGACCUCGGUGCUUUACAUCGCCUCGAAACCGGCGCUCGUCACGCUGGACUACCAGAUCAGCACCGGCAAGGGUAGCGAGGUGAGCGAAUUCCGGUUAUCCUACUACCCGCACAAACUGCAAGUCUUCGAGGAAAUCCUGCGUACCAUCUUCCGCGGAACGCCUUCGCACGAGCUCUACGGGGACUUUAAGCCGCUCGAUCGGGUCAAGCAACCGGCCUUCUACAUCCACGUCGUCCAAAAGGCCUCCGUUUAGAGAGGGUGGUGGCGUCACCGUUCAAGAGGAGAGUCAGUAGAGUGGAGCUACGCACUGAACACGCCCGCGGUCAAUAAAUACGUGCGGUGGAACUUCU